CGAUCGCGGGAUAACGUAGGUACGCACGCAACAUCAGCAGCUCUCCCGUCCAGCUCGCUCGCUCGCGCUCUCUCUCCCCAAUCGAGCACAUUGUGUUUGUUUACUUCCUAGCCAAAACAGCAACGUCGUCCGCGCGUAUUUCGCUCUAUUAUUUUCCUUUCGUUUCCUCGUUUUUCGCCUUUUCUUACCGAGACGCGCACCUCGGCCAAAUCAAGUCCGCGGAAUAUGUGAACGCCGUGAUAGAGUAGCCGGAGUCUCUGACGCUGCAUAAUAAAUGUCGGGUUCCAGCCUUGCAAUAUUGCCCCGUUUUCGAGCAUAUUUUAAGCUCUGACCGCUUAUCUCGAAAGUUGUGGUUGUUGAUUUUGUUGUUCGCUCUAACGGAAAAGAAAUCACUCGAGAAUUGGAAUGAACGUCUGCAGUUGUUGCAGAUAGAUAGCUCGAUGAGACACUUGGAUUUUUUUAGGUUAUUUAUUGUAACUGUAGUUUAACUGUUGGAAGAAAAUAAAGAUUUUGCUGGAGGUACGAUUGAUUUUGGAUGGAACUCAGGGAUUCUUCGACUGGAAAAAUUGAGAAGCUACUGAAGAUUUGAAAGAUGCCAGUUACUUAUAUUUGUUUUGAAAAUCAUUUGGUUUGAUAAUCACAAGCAAUUUUAUGUUCAACACCGAACCACCAUGUCUACCUGUUCCGAUGAUGACCUAUUUCGAAGAAAUGAACAAGCAACAGUUUAUUCCAACUUGGAAAAUGAUUCCGUGGCAUUACAGCAAUUAUACCUCAAAGGAGACUUUGCGUUUCCUCAGAUAGCUACCAAUACUACUACCGAUAAUUCUGCCAAACGACGAAUAAAGAAUUUCUCGCUCCAAGAAAAGGUCAAGGUACUCGACGACGUCAAAUUAGGCCGGUCAAAAGCUGAGGUUCGUAAGGAGUACGGAAUCGGCGAGAGCACACUGCGAAGGUGGGUUCACGACGAGCAAAAGAUUCGUGAUGCCUUGCACGAGGAAAACGCAAGCCGCAAAAAGCUGCGUCCCGAUGACAACCCCUACGUCGGCGAGGCGCUCAUCGCGUGGUACAACCGAUGCAAACAACAAAAUGUGCAAUUAUCCGGCCUAAUGCUUAGAGAAAAAGCCUUAGAGCUGAACAAACUACUCGGGGGCAAAGAGAACUUCACAGCGAGCAACGACUGGUUCAACAAUUGGAAGAGAAAAUACGGCUUGCCCGACCUCACUUUCGCCGAAGAAUGCAACAAUAAACCCCUAGAGGACAGUGCGGUGAGUCAGCUCACCAUGACUUUGUCCAACGCCGUCGAGGAGGAGUCUCUCCUUCGUUGCCAGAUCUUUAAGUGCGACAAAACUGUGCUGAACUAUAAAUCCCUGCCGAACCGAAGGUUCGCUGGUGAUAGGAUAACCAUAAUGGCUUGUGGCAACGCCGAUGGCAGUCUCAAGCUGCCGCUAGUAGUCCUAGGCAAGUCCGUCAAGUCGACAACGCUGAUGAACCUGCAGAAUAGCCUGCCGGUAUUUUACGCGCACCAAACAACUCUCUGGAUCGACAGCGAUGUACUGAACGAGUGGUUCGACAACGAGUUCACCCCGCGGGUCACGGAGUUCCUUAAAGCGCGAAGCUUGCCGCUCAAGGCAAUUCUUAUAGCCGAGAACGUGCCGACCGACGCAUUCCAGAACCGGCCGACCAGUGAACUCCAAAUUCACUUGAUAUUACACAACCUGAGUCUGGUAAUUGGUCCAAUGGACAAUGAGAGCCUCGAGAGUAUCAAGAUGAACUACGAGCAUAAGCUACUCAGAUCCAUCAUCAGCGCCCAGGACGACGGUGAAACGAUGGCUGAUCAUCUACAAAAAAUCAACCUCAGGGACUUUAUCUACUGGAUCAGUAAUGCUUGGGACGAGGUGAAACCUUCAACCAUCGUCAAGUGCUGGAAGAAGCUUCUGGCGGACAACGAAGAGUCGAACGAGGUGUUCUUUGAUGAUCCGCAGGAAGUGAACCCCGCGGUGAUUCAAGACAUGCUCAGGAGGAUCAAUGACUACAGGGAUAUUAGUGCCGACGACGUGGCGAAGUGGAUCGCCGAGAACCACGAGACCUCGAGGAUAUCGAUCGAUAAUCAUAUCAUCGAAAUUGUUGUCAAGGAUACAAAUGAAGACUUGGUAGACGAUGCGGAGAACAUGUGCGAGGAAAAUAAGACUUUAACGGCUGCCGAAGCGAUGAAUGGCUUGAACGAUGCCAUUCGAUUUUUCGAGCAGAACGGAUGUGCUUCAGUUGCAGAAAUGAUGACGCUCGUGAAACUGAAAGAAAAAGCACUGUCGAUAAAAAUUAACACAAAGUGAAUGGAUCAUCUAUGUUAUAAGACAUUUAGCAAAUUGGCGGUUUUGUAAAAGGAGAUAUGUACUAAUUUAGUUUAUAAUUUAUUACGUGAAUUUUAAUGUUUUUGUAUAAAAAUUUAAAAUAAAAGCUUUAUCAAAAACUCUAUU